UUGAUUCUCAUUUCUCAUUCGUUUCCUUUUCAUCGAGUAGUAAAGACCGCAUUGCACUUACGGCAUUAUACAUUUCAGGUUAAUUUCGAACUUCAACUAAACAGAAACAAUGGCUGAUAACGAUGAUCUCUUAGAUUACGAGGAUGAGGACCAGACCGAGCAGGUUACUACGGAACCGGCUGAGCAGCCAAAAAAAGAUGUAAAAGGAACGUACGUCUCGAUUCACAGUUCCGGGUUUAGGGAUUUUUUGCUGAAACCCGAAAUUCUCCGCGCCAUUGUGGAUUGUGGUUUCGAGCAUCCAUCAGAAGUGCAACAUGAAUGUAUCCCACAGGCGGUGCUUGGUAUGGAUAUCCUGUGUCAGGCUAAGUCUGGUAUGGGAAAGACGGCCGUCUUUGUCCUGGCAACUUUACAGCAGCUGGAACCAACGGAAAGUGUACCAUACGUGCUGGUUAUGUGCCACACUCGUGAGUUGGCCUUCCAAAUCAGUAAGGAGUAUGAACGCUUUUCCAAGUAUAUGCCCAGCAUUAAGGUAGCCGUGUUCUUUGGUGGGCUGCCCAUUCAAAAGGAUGAAGAAGUGCUGAAGUCAACCAACCCGCAUAUCAUCGUUGGAACACCGGGCCGUGUCCUUGCAUUGAUUCGCAACAAGAAGCUGAAUUUGAAGCACCUCAAACAUUUCAUCCUGGAUGAGUGCGAUAAGAUGUUAGAGCAAUUAGAUAUGCGUCGAGAUGUACAGGAGAUUUUCCGUAAUACACCGCACGGUAAACAAGUAAUGAUGUUCUCCGCUACGCUUAGCAAAGAGAUUCGCCCCGUGUGCAAGAAGUUUAUGCAAGAUCCAAUGGAAGUUUAUGUUGACGACGAAACCAAAUUGACGCUUCAUGGAUUACAACAGCAUUACGUUAAGUUGAAGGAGAACGAAAAGAACAAGAAGCUCUUCGAACUUUUGGAUGUAUUGGAGUUUAAUCAGGUCGUUAUCUUCGUAAAAUCCGUGCAGCGCUGCAUGGCGCUGGCUCAGCUGCUUACGGAGCAAAACUUCCCGGCUAUCGGGAUUCACCGUGGCAUGGUGCAGGAAGAGCGCUUAUCCCGUUACCAGCAAUUCAAGGAUUUCCAGAAACGUAUUCUGGUAGCUACCAACCUGUUUGGACGCGGAAUGGAUAUUGAACGUGUCAACAUUGUCUUCAAUUAUGAUAUGCCCGAGGAUUCCGAUACCUACCUGCAUCGUGUGGCUCGUGCCGGCCGAUUCGGUACCAAGGGGCUGGCGAUUACAUUUGUUUCCGAUGAAACAGAUGCGAAGAUUUUGAACGAAGUACAGGAUCGAUUCGACGUUAAUAUUACCGAACUCCCGGAUGAAAUAGAUCUCUCGUCGUACAUUGAAGGACGAUAAAAUGCCACAACAAUUCAAUUUAAAUUUAGACUAAUUUAGUUUGUAACUGGAGUAAAAAACGCAAAACAAAUUUACGUUAAUUUGUGAAUCCUGACAGCUUUUCUUAUUUACAAUAAUGAGUCUGAUCAAGACGAGGGAGCUUUGAUUUGCGCUAGAGCUUCCGUUAUAAGGAUUUUAACUAGGAUACUACGCUGUGUAGUAAAAGUCAGCUCGUACACCAAGCUUCACAAACAAAAUUCUGACUCCAUUAACACUUGGUUAGUUCAAUUUUUUACAUGAUCUAUUUCUGAUGUAUUAAUUUUGUCACUAACUUCGCGUUUAAGCACAUAACUUUACAAGCUUUGCCACGUUGUCAGGAGCAAAUAAAUAUACAAUAUGCUGAAAAAAAUACGUUGGACUAAUCU